CACGUGCUUACAUCGCAACUAAAAAACAACGGUUCUGGUUUGGAGCAGUGUAAAAGAAAAAAAUCGUCAGAGAGAUAAAUCAAAUUAAUCAAUUUCCAGUGUAAGUGGACUAUCUGUUAACCUUGGCGAAAGAGUGGCACUUCUUUAACAGCGAACGGCGAUUCUAAACAUAAUUAAAUGAACAGAAACUUAAGUUUUCUUGACUAUUAGCACUUACGUCAUAAACGAAUCCUGUCCAACACCUUGACGGAAACACAUCUAUACCACAUUAUUUUUGGUUGAUCAUAAAAUACGAGUUUUCACCGAAAAGAGGGUGUUGAUGGUUCAUAGAAAUUUGACAAAGGAACUAUGAAGAUUAUAUAAACUCUCCAUUGACAGAAAUUGAAAAGGACUAGAAGUUUCAUCACCAGGUGCAUAUAUAUACUUACAUCACUGUAUCGAUUCUAGUGGUUAUGCGAGGGGCAGUCCGGACCAUGAAACACAUGAUCGUUUCUACACGACGGGCGUCUUCACCGAUCAGGAACCGAAAUGUGAUGGCUCAGAGGGUGCAGAGAUCUUACAGUGUUAAUGACAUAGAACUGACAGAGGAUCAAAGACAAGACUUACAACAAGCCUUUGGAAUGUUUAAGACGUCACGAAAGGGUAAAAUAUCUGCACGAGACUUGGGUCCCAUGUUACGUUGUUUGGGAUGGAAUCCAUCAGAACGAGAUCUUGAGGAGGCAAGACAAGAACUUGAUGUCAGUGCUAGCGGGCGAAUUACAUAUGCUGAUGUAGAGAAAUAUGUCUCUCGUCAUGGGGGAAUUUGUCAUCGGACAGAGGAAGAAGAGGAGGAUGUAUUAGGGGCAUUUAAGGUCCUUGAUAAACUCGGAACUGGUAAAAUCCCAGUCAAGGACUUCCGGAGGUAUCUCACGACUAUGGGAGACAAGAUGGCGCCGGACGAAGUUGAAGAAAUAAUUCGAUUUGCAAAGAAGGACAGCAGAGGAUAUAUCGAAUAUCGAGAUCUCAUUAAAGAUCUCCAUUCCGAUCCCUGAUGUUGAUGAUGUCUAGAUGUGACCCCCAUUCAUUUCCGAUACUUUUCCGGUAUAUGAUGUCGGUUCCUGCGCAUGCCCUAAAGCACUUCCAUUUAGUAGUCUAUGAAAGUCGUCGAAAGUGGACUCGCAUGUGAAAAGACGACACUGCGGUGAAAGCAGUAUGCCUGCAGUUGUGAGGUUGUCUAUUGCCGAGAAACCUGUAUUUGUAACGCAAACUCUGUAUCUGUGAAAUGUCUAACAUAUAUUAUGAAUUAAUAUAUUAAUACAAAUUAUUUUCUACAGUAUAUGGAUGGCGAAUAUCACUUUUGACAACUAUACGAGAUCCAAUCCAAUUCAAUCCAAUUGCAUAUCAAUAAUAUAUGCUGAAAUGAAUCUGGUUACGAUUGAAACUUCACUGAUGUUAACUGCCGAAACAUGAUGUUUAGAUGUACAUAUGUUGUAAAUAGUAAAUAUGAAGAAUAUGAAAAAAAGAAAAUGAGCUAGUUAAAUUACCUUAAUUGCCUAAUUAAAUAAUGAACAUAUGUGUAUUUGGUAAUGUUUCCUUAAUCUGUCAAAGUUUUUUCUGUGAUGACUGAGUAUUUUAUUAAGACACUGAGCAUAACUGUUUAUACAAAAAAUGUUAAAUAAUGUCUAUACAAUAUAUAAUAUUAUAUAAUACUAUUUAAAUAUUUAUAUUUCCAGUUUCAGGAUUGUUUAUCAAAUGUUAAGUAUUUUUACUCUUUUAGUCUUUGUUUAACCUUGAUAAUUAACAUAUAAAACACUUGCAAAGUAAUACAACGUUUUUGUCGGUGUAAAUGUAACCAUUUAAUUUUUAAAGAGAACUUUUAAAAUGUCGAACGGAAGCGAUGUUUAUAAGAACAUGAUUAAAAGAACUAACCUUUUUCAACCGUUCUUUUUGUUAGUCUGUCACAGGGCAUUUUACCUCUGUGAACCCCGAGAUUUUGUAAAGGGGAACAAUAUCGCUCACUUUUUCUACAGUAAAAAAAUAUCAAUUGCAAUCAAUAAAUACGUUACUAAAGAAAACAAAAAUAGUUUAAAGUGUAUUACUAUUGAGAAUUCUUCCUAGACAAUGUUGUAAAAUGUCAUUCAAAAUCGUUUUUCCGAAGUCAAUUAAUGAAUUUAUAAGUAGCGAUCAACGAAUUGUACUGUGUAUUGUAAAAAUAGAAGUGUAAUGAUAUAAUAUAUCAUCGCGUUAUAUAUGUAUAUAUAUACAUAUCAUUAUAUAACAUAUCGGUACAAUCAUAAAUACAUGUAUAACAUUAUUGGCUAUAUUGUAAAAUACACCCAUAUAUUUUUGGUACAAUACGGAAAUGAUCAUUUGCCCUUUUUACCGAGAUUCUUUCAUACCGAAUGAAAUUUCCAAUAUAUUUAUAUAGGUAAACAAAAGUUCGGCAUGUUUUGAAACAUAUAUAAUUAAUUUUUCUUUGUUUUCAUGGUAAAUACUCAAAUGUGAUUGGUCGAAAAAUUCUUUUCAUUCUUCUAUGAAAGA